ACAUGCAGUGAUGGAGCGCUGACCGGGGGCGCGGCGGCGGAGGCGGCGAGGGCGCGGAGGGCUAAUUGGCUGCCGGCUGCGGCCAAGGAGGCUUGAGUGUUUGAAGAACCAGCUGAGGGGGACCCCGCGGCGGGGUCGGGGAGACCCAGGGCUGCAGCUAUGGAGGACCAGAGGGAGGCACUAAGAAAAAUCAUCACCACCCUGGCCGUGAAGAAUGAGGAGACACAGACCUUCAUCUACUCCCUGAAGCAGAUGCUGCUGAAUGUAGAGGCAAACUCAGCCAAAGUACAGGAGGACCUAGAAGCCGAGUUCCAGUCCCUCACGUCGGUGCUGGAGGAGCUGAAGGAAUCCAUGCUAAUGAAGAUUAAGCAGGACAGGGCUAGCCGCACCUACGAGCUGCAGAACCAGCUAGCCGCAUGCACACGGGCCCUGGAGAGCUCUGAGGAGCUCCUGGAGACAGCCAACCAGACCCUGCAGGCCGCAGACAGCGAGGACUUCCCUCAGGCCGCCAAGCAAAUCAAAGAUGGUGUGACCAUGGCCCCUGCCUUCCGACUGUCGCUGAAAGCCAAGGUCAGUGACAAUAUGAGUCACCUCAUGGUGGACUUUGCCCAGGAACGCCAAAUGUUACAGACCCUCAAGUUCCUGCCUGUGCCAAGCGCCCCCAUCAUCGACCUGGCCGAGUCCCUGGUGGCCGAUAACUGUGUAACUCUGGUGUGGCGCAUGCCCGAUGAGGACAGCAAGAUUGACCACUACGUGCUGGAGUACCGAAGGACCAAUUUCGAGGGCCCACCCCGCCUCAAGGAGGAUCACCCCUGGAUGGUUGUCGAAGGCAUCCGACACACUGAGCACACCUUGACAGGUCUCAAAUUUGACAUGAAAUACAUGAACUUCCGUGUGAAGGCCUGUAACAAGGCGGUGGCUGGGGAAUUCUCUGAGCCGGUGACCUUAGAGACACCAGCAUUCAUGUUCCGCCUGGACGGGUCCACAUCUCACCAGAACCUGCGAGUGGAGGAUCUCUCCGUCGAGUGGGACGCCAUGGGCGGGAAGGUUCAGGAUAUCAAGGCUCGAGAGAAAGACAAGGGCCGAACAGCGUCCCCUGUAAACUCCCCAGCCAGAGGGACUCCAUCUCCCAAGAGGAUGUCUUCAGGUCGUGGGGGCCGGGACCGCUUCACAGCUGAGUCUUACACGGUGCUGGGGGACACGCUGAUUGACGGAGGGGAGCACUAUUGGGAGGUGCGCUUUGAACCGGACAGCAAGGCCUUCGGCCUGGGCGUGGCCUACCGCAGCCUGGGCCGCUUCGAGCAGCUGGGCAAGACAGCCGCAUCCUGGUGUCUGCAUGCCAACAACUGGCUGCAGGCCAGCUUCACCGCCAAGCAUGCCAACAAGGUCAAAGUGCUGGACAGCCCUGUGCCCGACUGCCUGGGCGUACACUGCGACUUCCACCAAGGCUUCCUGUCUUUCUACAAUGCCCGCACCAAACAGCUCCUGCACACCUUCAAGGCCAAGUUCACGCAGCCCCUGCUUCCAGCCUUCACGGUGUGGUGUGGGAGCUUCCAGGUGACGACGGGCCUGCAGGUCCCCAGUGCCGUGCGCUGUCUGCAGAAGCGGGGUAGUGCCACCAGCAGUUCCAAUACCAGCCUCACCUAGGCCAGGGCCACCUGCCAGCUGGGCCACUUCAGCCGGCAUCUCCACCUACCUGCUGUUUGGAGCCUUAACUCUGAAGUGGAGGGGGGGUCAGGUCAGAGUCCCCUCCCCACCUCACUUCAUAAUAAAGAUAAAACACUGGCGACA